AUGCAACCUGAUGCGAAACAGGCCACCAACAACACCACUUCUUCAAUGUCCAAUUCCAUAAAUUGCCCGGUCAUCACAGCCACCAGCAGUAGUAGUAGUAGUUCUCAUGGCGCCAUGCGACAACCUCUUCGAAGACCACCACCUAUACGGCAUGAUCCUCUUGCUCGCUCAACAACAGCUUCUACGCUCAUGGAAUCAGACCGCACAUCCAUUGAAUUCACUCGCUGUUUAUACCAAGCCAAGAAUAUCGUCAAAGAGCUUGAACGCUUCAGUGAAUCCAUCUGCCCUGCUCUCAAGGUCUCUCCAUUCAACGGCUUUUCCGCGGCGUCAUCGCUGGACGAUCCUCGCCUCUGUUCAAAAGACUUUGUGGCCAAGGUCAACCGCUAUCUUGAUGACACAUUCAAUCGCUUCUCAAGGCUAUGUAGAGUCCUAUUGAUGGUCCUGGAAAAGAUGCAACGUUCACCAGACAUACGAAGGGAACGAGUGGUAUCAUUUCGUACAGAGGUCAUGGAGCAAAUUCGAAUAGCCGAGAUAAUACGUUUACGGAUCAUUUCAUACAUUCAGCAACGUGUCGACGAAAGCUCAAGAACAGCAGCAGCGUCAUCAUCAUCUAUGCCAACAGUACCAAUCACAGAAUCACCAUCAGAUCCACCACCAGCAUCACCAUCAACAGCUUCAACAUGA